CAAGCAUCAAGAAGAAAAUAAUUCACUGAAUCUUCAGAGCAUCAAGUGUGUUCAGGAACAAGAGAAAAAUGAAGUCUGCUGCGGUUUUUGUUGUCUUUGCUGGUCUACUUAUUGUUCAUGUACAAGGACAGGCCAGGACCAGUGUAAGGAGGUGUUUGUGUCAGGGUCCUCUGGCGAAUGUGAUUCGUCUACAACGUAUUGACAAGAUUGAAGUUUAUCCUAGUAGUGCAUCUUGUGAAAAUGUUGAAUUCAUUGUCACCCUGAAAAACGGUGCAGGGAAAAAAUGCCUGAAUCCAAACUCUCAAUUUACUCAGAAAUACAUCAAGGCAGCUUUAGAAAAAAGCUGGGAUUUGCUUGAAUAUAACCCUCCUCCCAGCUCGUCUUAUUUAACUCCCAUCUCCUCACUUUGCCUCCCACUGGCUCAGUCCAGCUUCACAAUGAGGGCUACAACUCUAUCAGUUCUGUCUUUGGUGAUAUUUGCUCUGACUGCAAUGCUUUGUGAAGGACGAGUUGAAGAAAAAGCAGAGCGUUGUUUGUGCAAAACGAAAGCGAAGGAAAGGGUUAGACCUGCACUUGUGAAGAUGUUUGAGAUAUUCCCUCCAAGUGCCUCCUGUUUGAAUACCGAGAUCAUAUUGAGUCUAAAGCACGGAAUGAAGGUGUGCCUGGAUCCAAAAGGAAAACAAGGACAAAAAUUCUUAAGUGGACAGAAGCAAAAGAAAAAGCCCAUUGGUCAAAGAGGCAACAAACUAAAUAAGAACAUGCAGCAAAACUGAAAUGUGAUUAAAGUGAAUUCUCCUCACAUGUGUGACUGCUCAGCAUUUUCCAAUAACUGCUUAAAGCUGAUUUAAUCACUUAAUAUUAUAUUCUUAUAUUGUAUCAAGAAAAAAAAAUCGGCCAUGAAUUAUAUGUGUUAACUGCUUAUUUCUGUAAUAAAAGGCAUUAUUGUAGGUACUUGUAACUUGUAACUUCUUACUAAUAUUUACUGUACUGUAAUAUUUUACUGUACUGCCUGUGUACUGUUCCUGUAUCUACUGUAUGGAAAAAAAGCAUACAUUUUUUGUGUGUGUGUAAAUCAAAUAUAUGCUGUACUUCUUUUUUUAGUAAUGGAAAGAAAUUGAUCAUUUUUAUUUACUUUAAACCAAGUACCUUAUGAUGUUUAUUAGAUCAUAGAUCACUAUUUAAUGCUCAGUAUUACACACAAUAAUGUAUAAACAUUUAGGUACAGAUAACACAUUGAUUGACUGUUUGAUGGACUGAUUGAACAAAAAAAUAAUAAAACCUUAAUUCACUUGCAAUACAGUA